AGGAGGAGGAGGAGGAGGAGGAGAUGGUGGUAGAGAAGGAAGAUGAAGAAAAUGAGGAAAAACGAGAGGGUAUAGUAGAGGAAAAAGAGGAGAAGGAGGAGAAGGAAAAAGAAGAAGAAGAGAAGGAGGAGAAAGCCUCACAAGAAGACAGAAGCGAAGAGGAUGGAGCAAAUAGCACGGAAAAGACUGAGAAGAAAUCUGAAGGCGCGAGCGACUGCCUUCACGCGAGCGAGUUUCUGGAUUCACUGCUUGGCACCGAACAGAUCAGACUCUUCAACUUAGAGCUCGACCCAAACGAACGCACGAACAUCGCCUCAAGCAAACCCGAAGUCGUGAAGCUCCUGCUGGCCCUCCUCCUGCAGGAGAUGGACACCCGCUAUGUGGACGCCGACCUGCUUCCCAAUGACCCUCGCGCUAACCCCAAAUACUGGCAUAACUUCUGGUCGCCGGGAUGGUGCAGGGCCAAGUGAGAGAAAAGGGGAGAUUGCCCGAUGGAUUGCUGUUAAAGAAAACGGGAAAUUUGGAUAUGAAUGAAUUUUAAUAUGGGGGGGGGGAGUAGU